UAACAAUUUAUUAGUCUAACUUUUUCUAAUCAAUACGUUAAGAAAAAGACAGAGUAUCAUUUUAUGUAUCCAAAAAAUUUUUUGAAGGAACAAGAAUUUCAUUCUAUACAUUUCUAUGUAAAAUGGUUGCCGUGUUUUGGCAAAGUAUUGUGGGAAAUUUUGUGUGUUUUAUGACUUUAUUUAAAGAAAUUAAAACUAAUGGAAUUUGAGUGAUUUUGAUGGUUUUUUUUAAUUAGACAGAUUUUUAAAAUAUAAUUCAAAUGAUAUAUUUGUGAUGUUGCAAUUCAAUUUUUAUAAAUUGUUUUGUUGUUAUCCAAUUUGUCAAUACAGCUUAAAUUGUCAACAAGUUUCUUUUAACAUAAACCGGUUGGAUCUUUACAUUUAAUGUUAACGAUAUGAAUUGUUAUCAUCUGGAUUCAUAAUUAAGUAUUAAAAAUAUAAAAUGACGUCCUAAAUUGAAUUCAAUGUCUUUAAGUGACAUGUGAUAAAAUUUUUGUGGUAAUUUUUUUUUUUUUUUUUUUUGCUAAAAGAAGUGAAAAGGAAUUUUACAAAAAGGAAACGAUUGAAUUAUAUGAAUUACUGAAAUGGAGAAACAGCAGGAAAGACUACCUCCCUUUUCAUCUGAUGAAUUUCCAAAUAGCGGAGAAGACAGUGAGGAAGACGAAGUAAUAGAUUACAGUGAUAAUUCAAUUAUGAAUGAAAAUUCAAUGAAUUUAAAUAUUCAAGGGACUACGGAUACAGACAUCAAAUAUACCAAAGAUAAUUCUGUACUUGUGAUGUCUGAAACAAUGAAUGAUAAACAUGCAUUAAUUCCUGAUUCUAACAUUCAUAAUCAACCUCAUCAUCCACUUGUACCAAUCAUCAGUGUUACACCUCAUUCACCUGGUGUUGUGUCCAAAUAUUAUCCAGUAUUGGAAGAAAAUUUACAACAUCUUCAUGAAAUCUAUGACAGUGUUCAGCGUAUACGAAUGCAAGAUCCUGUUUUGGGCUCAUUGGGAUAUAAUAAUCGUUUUUUGCAUGAUGAGCAAAUACAAAGACUCAGUUGGUCUUGUCCUUCUCUUCAAAAUUUAAUGUCACUAGAUCCAGCAGCAAGACUUCAACAUCAAGAUUGUGGAUCUGAACCAGAUCUUCUUACAAAUUGUUCUAAUAACAGUUCACCAACUUAUUUUUCAGGUUCAGGCCCUAAUAAUGCUCAAAUAAAUCAAUGUAUAGAUAGACGAAGAAGUUGGACUGAUUUAGAAACUACAAAACAAAGUUAUCGUAGACGCUCUGCACAGAAUUUUCUUCAAGCACAGAAUAUGAAACAACGCAGUAUAAGUUUAAAUAGUCUCGAUGGUGAAAUUGAUUUAGUAUUGGGUGCUAAGCCUCGAAAACAAUCUACUUGCGACAAGGAACGUCCCUCUAGAUCUCCAGCAAGUACUCACUCACUGAAUGAGGCCGAUUUUAUUCAGAGUGGUUUUAGUAAAAGAACAUCAAAAGGUGAAAAUCAAGAAUUACCUGAUAGAAUUUCAUUAAUACCAGGAGUAGUUGGAUCGCGACUUACUCUUCAAAAGUCAGUUUCAACACCUUCAAUUGUCACACCACCAGGUCCAAUUCAUCCGACUGAUUCUGGAACAUUAACAGCUUCGUCAAUUAAUACAGAAUCUCAUGGUGAUGGGGCAGUGUUCGAUGUAAGGAAGGAGUUCUUGUGCACCAAGCCAAAUCUAUUUCUUCGACGCAGUAGUGCUACUAUUGAACGCAAUCGGCAUGAGAGACAUGAGAAAGGUAGCGGCAGUGAAACUGAAACUGAAGAUCUUCACAUUCCCCGUAGACAUGAAUCCCAUGAAGAUUUAAUAGGAGGAGGUGUGCGAAAUGUCCAAACAUCUCUUGAUGAACUCUCAACUGAUGGAACAGCUUAUGAUGAUCAGCAUUCUGAAAAAACUAGAAGAAAACGUGGUUCACUAUUCUUUCGUAAGAAAAAGGAUAAAAAUGUAAAGAAAUCCACUUUGCAACAUAAUCAUCAAUGGAUGACUUUAAUUGCAGGCUCUCAGGCAAAUACAGUUUGCGAUUCCUGCAUGAAGCUUCUUUCAAGUAAAUUCAUUCUACAAUGUGAAAAUUGUGGAUCAAUGGUUCAUCAAAAUCAGACUUGUAAAGAUCAAUUACAAUUGGAUUGCAUUAAAUCAAAACAUCAGCCUGGAAAAGGUGUCACAAAAUCGUUGUCAAGCGUAUCUUCAAUUACAAAUAAUAAUAUAACAAAACGUGUUUCUACAGUGUCUUUGCCACUAUCAUCAUCAAUUGGAAGCGGAAGCCAAACUAUUAAUGAAGAAAAGGAUGGUGAUAAUGCUGCUCAUCGUGAUAGUUCCAGUGCCUACGAAGAAUUUGAUUUUGGUGAUGAUGCACAUCAAUUUUCAGCUGAUAGUUUGGAAGAUUUUGAUCCUGAAUUAGGUUUAGGUAAAGAGGAACCAGAUUCAUGGAGUGCAGCUGUAGGACGACAUAUAACAUUACGACAAAGUGGUAAUUCAGAACGUGAAGUGAAAAGACAAGAGCAUUUAUAUGAAUUUGUACUUACUGAAAAACAUCAUUGUUUGGUGCUUCUUGCAAUGGAUAAAAUAUUUGUCGAUGGUCUUCGUCAUCAUUUUCAAAUGACAACACCAGCUAUUGAUCGCAUGUUUCCAAGAUUACGUGAUCUCAUUGAUAUUCAUAUACGUUUUUUGAUGAAAUUACGUAGACGACAAAAUAUUAAUGUUGUUGUAUCAACAAUUGCUGAUAUUCUCAUUGAACAAUUUUCCGGUGAAAAUGCUGUUCGUAUGAAAAAUGCUUAUGGAGAUUUCUGCAGUCGUCACAGAGAUGCUGUUGAAGCCUACAAAUAUUAUCUGAGGGAGGAUACACGUUUUGCUCGAUUUGUUCGUCAUUGUCAGACUAAUCCUUUACUUAAGAAAAAAGGCAUUCCUGAAUGUAUUCUUUUUGUAACACAACGACUUACAAAAUAUCCAUUACUAGUUGAACCUUUAAUUAAGACUGGUGUUUCUCAAGAAGAAGUAGAUAAUUUAAAGAAAGCCUUGAGUUUAGUUAAAGAAAUAUUAGCUGAUGUAGAUGCCUGUGUCGCUAAUAAGGAACGUGAGGAUAGAAAAUUAGAAAUUUAUAAUAGGAUUGAUGCCAAAUCAUAUGCCGUUUAUCGUGAGCAUAAAUUUAAAAAAUCUGAUAUAUUGUCAUCAAAUCGAAAUUUAAAAUUUGAAGGUACAUCAUAUUUAAUGCAGGGAAGAGGAAAAAUGGCUCAAGUUGUUGUUGUCGUACUUUCUGAUGUUCUAUUUUUCUUAGCUGAAACAAGAGAUCAAAAAUAUGCAUUUUUUGUACCUGAUAAUAAAGCAGGUGUUGUUUCAUUACAAAGAUUACUUGUUCGCGAAAAAGCUGGACAAGAUUCAAGAGGAAUUUAUCUUAUAAGUAGCAAUCCAUCAGAACCUGAAAUGUUUGAAUUAAAAGUACAAAAGCCAAAGGAUAAACAAGUUUGGAUACAAGCAAUUAGAGCUGCUGUGGAAACAUGUCCUCAAGAUCAAGAUAAUAGAACAGAUAUUUUAGUUGAAAAUUAUAAUUGUAAUGAAAUGAAAAUUGUACGUUCUUCUUCAAUAUCACUAUUACCAUUUGAGGAAAGACGAUUUACUAAAAAUGUGGAAUCUGAUAUUAAAAAAAUUAUUGAUGAAUUACGAAAGAAGGAUACAGAACAAGCUUUAUUAUUAGAAGAAAAAAUGGGACUUCAAAUGCAAUUAUUGCAUACUACAAAUGUUUAUAGUGGAAAUAAUUUCGAUGGAAGUAAAAUGGAAAAAUAUAAAGAAAUUCCAGAUUAUACAAGAUUUGUUCGCAAUGAAGAAGUUAAUUCAAUUCAUCUUUGGAAAGAAGUCGUGAUAGCAGUACAGGAAGCAACACGACUUGCUAGUUCUUUAUCGUUCGCAGCAGGUGGAGCAACACUUUCAAGAAGUCUAAGCUCUGCUGGAGAACGUCAUAGCGAGGCUUAUGUUCCACCUUCAUUAUGUGUACCACGAAGAGCUGAAACUUUUGCUGGCUUUGAUCACAAUAAGGAUCGCUCACCAUGGAGAGAUACGGCAACAUUACAAUCAGUUCUUAUGCCCUCAAAGGAAAAUGAAUUAUUACCGAAAAAAGUUGAUAUAAAAGGAACCGAUGAAACAGAAGGAAAUAAAGUUCAACAAGAAAUAGCCGUUCAAUUAUCGCAUUAUGUUUAUACACUUCUUUGCAUUAUUAGCAAUCAAAUGACAACAAUUGAAAGUUUACACGCUCAAUUAGCUGCAUAUGGAGGUGUAAAUAAACCAUCAAAUAGUAGACCGAAUCCAAAUAGACAACUUGAGGAGUUGCGAAAUUUACAAGAUCAAUUGAGUCAAGAGAAAUCGAUGUUCCGCACAGCGACGCAACAAGAAAAAAGAAUGCUAGAUGAAGAACGUGCAGAAUUAACAAGAUUACGAGCACAAUUGGUUGAUGAACAACGUGACGUUACACAACAACGUGAUCAAUUGUAUAGACGUCUUGAAGCACUUGAAAGACAAGGUGUUUCAUUGGUUACACCAUCGGCGGCAGGUUCUGCUCCCGUACAUGUUUCACAUCCAAUACAAGGAGAUCAGGUGCAAUGCAGAAAGCCAUCGCAAACAGACGAUAGAAGAAUUCCAUUGAAUUUGGUGAGUGCAACAAAUCAGACAAAGGUACAAAAAAGUCUGCCACCUGUUAAACAACAACUGCCACUUAAGCUCGCCAGUGGAAGCAACAAUAACAAUACCAGGUAAAGUUUCGUAGAUGAAAAAUUGGAAGAACUGAAAAGAAUAAAAGAGGGACAACCUUACAUAAUUUAUUUGAAAAAAAUGAAAUUUACAAAAAUUGAAAAGUAAUUGAAAAUUGCAAAUUUAGUAUAGUAAUCAAAAUUAUCUCGUCACUUUAAAAUUUAAUAUUAGAAUAUUUCUCUCUUCGCUGCAAAACGAUUCUUAAUAAUAAUAAAAAAAAAUUUACAAUGUUGAUGGAUUAAACAUAUAUAAGAGAAAGAAACUAAAAAAAAUAUAUAUAACCUAAAUUAGUGGUUUAAAGAAACGAAAAAGAGAAAAAUUAUUUAAAAUUAUUUAAUGUAAAACGCGAUUCUAUUAGGAAUUAUAAUGCUGAAGAUUCUUUGCAAAUUUUAGAAAUUCGGACUAGCAAAAUGACGAAAGCAAUCGUGUAAUUAUCAUGAAAUUUGCAAGAAGUUUCAGUGUAAUUGUAGAUUUCUAAUUUUUCUGUUAUAAAUUACGCAUUUUAAAUAUUUUUAAUUGACUACUCUAAAAAUGCAAAUAUAAGUUUCACUUUUAUAAAGUUGGACCUCUGAAAUCACAUUAUUUGUAUUUUUAGAUAGAAGACUUAAAACAUAAUUUAUAUAAUUUCUUUAUUAAUUUGAGGAAUGUCUUAAAUAAGUGGGACAUUAUUUGAAAUUUUUUUUGGUCAUAAUCAUCGCUUUGAAUAAUAUUUUUUCUCUUGAUGCCAGAAAAGAUUCUAGUUAAAAUUUUUCUAUUUAGAAAUUGUUUAUAAAAAAAAAAAAAAUUUAUGGCCUACCAUCAAAAAUGUGUCCCACUAAUUGUAACAUUCCAUUUUUAAUUUUCUUUUGUACUUUAUGAAGCUUUUAAGCAAAAUAGAUUACAAUAAUAAUGAGAAAAGGAUAUAAAUUGGAUAUCCACCAUGGAAAAUUCUAUAAAAAAAAAAAAAAUGAAUAA